AUGAGUGAAGAAAAUUUAAGUUUACCCUUUAAAAAGAAAUUACCAAUCAGGGAUGAUUCAUUGAUUACUAUGGAUAAUCUAGAUGAUUUAAAUGAAGAAGAAACUUUAAUAUUAUUAGAUAAAUGGCAAAAUGAAAAACUUCCUAAAAAUAGAAUGUUUGCAUUCUUUCUUUACAAUUGUGUGAUGUGCGGUUUAACAAUGUAUUAUACCAUGAAUUUUAAGCAUUACUCUAAGAAAUUUUUUAAGCCAAAGGAAUAUACCUUUAGAGAAAUUGUUAAAUAUGGAACAAUUUAAUCGACUGUAUUUAUAGGUACUUAUUUGCUAGGAGCUGCAGUUGUUACUAACUUUUGGAAUCCUGCUGAAUACGUUAGAGGUUACGCUAAGAUAUAAGGAAGAAUUAUUGAUAACACAAUAAAAUUCGAUCCUUAUGUAUAAAAUUAUGUCUUAUACGAUGUUAUGAAGUAUUUUAACUUAUCUCCUAAUUUGUUAAAUCAAGCAAAAAAGGAAUUAGACAAUUAAUAAAAGACUUUGGAAGAAAAUAAUUUCUUCACUGAAGAAACUAAAGAACUUAUUCAUAAAUCACAAGAAGAUUAUGAAUCUUAUGAAAAUCAUAAAAAAUCUUAAAAAAAGGAAAUUUUUUGA